GUGUGAAUAGCCUUUAUAUGUGGGCGGGAUUUACGCAGCGACGCACGGUAGUAAACUGGAUUGUGUGCGCGCACCAGCAUCAUCAUCAUCGUCCUCAUCCGCUUCAGUCUGAGCAGCAUCUCUCUCCCGCAUCCGAACCAAACCCUCCUGUGCUGCUCCCCAUCCGCAGCCUCCACAAUGACCUCCAGCCUGCUCAGCUGAGUGCGGUGUUGCUGCGCCACGCUCCCCGCUGCUGUGGCCGCUCUCGCUGCUCCUGCUGCUGCUGCUGCUGCUGCGGUGCUGGGGGAGAGACGCGGAGCCCGGUGGUGCACCACUGCAGAGCCGUGGGUGACUGCGCGUCCUGACGAUAUCGCGUCUAAACAUUCUUUGGACCAUGGCGAAAACAGUCACGUCAUCCAGCGCAGUUACAGGUGAAAAGAUGGCACCGCCAUCCAUCACUCUACUUCCUGACAAGAGAUCUCCGACAAAUUGUCACAGCUCUCCAGCCCGAACAGGGAAAACGACUCCAUCUAACACAGAGAAAAAGCCACAAAUAAAUGGACACGCAUCCCCAUCGCACUUGGCAGCAAACCAUGCAGGUAAACAAACCAUUGAGGGUUACAUGAAGACGGACGAUAGGAUGCGAUUGGCCAAAGAGCGACGUGAGGAGAAGGAGAGAACCCUGGCUGCCAGGGAGCAGCUGAUGAGGGAGAAGGAUCGCAGAGCACGGCUGCACCACGAGCGCACAGUGGAGGAGCGCUGGAGGAAGCUGGAUGAGCAGAGGCAGCGAGAGGAGCUCCGCAGGGCUGCAGUGGAGGAGAAGAGGAGGCAGCAGCUCGAGGAAGAGAGGGAGCGGUUGGAGGCCCUGAUAAAACGCUCCUUCGAGCGAAGCCUUCUGCUGGAGCAGAGGACCAAACGCUGGAGCAGGGGCUGGCCUUCAGGAGCAGGUGACAGUGAGAAUGCACCACUCCCUUUCUCUGCUGCCUCCGCCUUUUCCCAUGGCAUUGCCUCCCCCCUUCCUGCUGUCAGCGAAUCUGCACCCUGCAGUCCUCACAGGUCGCCUUUCUGCAGCUCGCUGAACCCUGCAGAUCACAACAGGGCUGGCCUUCUGGGAGGCUCACAGUCCACUCCCAAUACCCCCAAGAAAGAGCGGCUGCGCAGAGAGAGAAGAACCGCAUCCCCAGGUUGUGGAUCGCCUCUGAGAAGACCUGAAUCUCCGGCUACCUCCAAGCUGGCAUCCAAGAUCCGUGCCCAGUCUCCAGGCAACGCGCAUCAUCACCAUAACUCCCCUACAAGACAUCGUCCGAACAUGUCAAGUGAUGAUAAGAAAGCAGAAAACAAGAAGGUGGCAACACAUGGUGAAAGAUCCAAAGCUGAGACAGCGUUGAAAAAGAAUACGGACACAAAGGGCUCUAAUCCGUCUUUGCAAGCUGAGAAGACUGUGGCGAACACGGAGAUCACUAAAACAAGAUCCUCUAAGGCUGAAACGUCUGAUAAGCGCCUCAGAGGCGACACACCGGACAGAAUGCAGUCGCCUGACAGGAAGGACCAUGUGUCUCCCAAAGUAGAUUCCUCAGAGAAGAAGACACAGAGCAAUGUUCAGGAGGGAGACAAGAAAAAAGAAGCAGCAUCAUGCAUGGGGAAGGGGGCAGCUGGCACUACAAACGCAGAGGAGGCUACCAGGUUGCUGGCAGAGCGGAGGCGUCAGGCUCGAGCUCAGAAGGAACUGGACGAGAAAAAACGGGAACAGGAGGAAGAAAAGAGACUGCAGGAGCAGGAGAAGCUAAGGAAGCAACUGGAACAGGAGCAGCGACGUCAGCAAGAAGUGAAGGCUCAACAAGCGGAGGAGAAGAAGAAAAAUGAGGAAGAUGUUCUGAGACUGAAAGAAAAAGAAAAAGAAGCCAAUGAAAAGAAGGAGGAGCAGGACAAGGAGCAUAAUGACGAGAUGGAUAGAGAGAAAGAAAAGGUCAAAGUCCUGGCUCAGGAGGAGGCAGAGCGUCAGCGGCUGGACAGAGAACUACAGGCGCAACAAGAAGAGGAGGAGAGGCAACUGAGAAAAAAGAGAAUUGAGGAGAUCAUGAAGAGAACUAGGAAGGGUGAAGCUGACUUUAAGGAGGAGCAGGUGGAGACGAAGUCCGUCUCAGGGGAUAAAAAGACUGUUCAAACGAAUGCUCAGGUGAAGGAACAAGCGUCCCAAAAUGUUGAGUUUCAGGUUAAAGAGCCGGUCACACUCCAGGUAAACUCGAAGGAAUGUGCCCUGGUGAGGAAAGAAUCAUCAUCAGCAGCAGCAGCACAGAUGGACAAUCAGAAGAGUUUACCAGCUAAAAACAACACUCAUCAUGUAACACCAAUGCACAUUGUUCCCGAGAAGAGACCGGACGCCAAACAAACCAGUGAGGAGCAUGACAGACGAUCGAGCAAGGAACGCAAGGCCUGUGAUGUGAAGCCGCAGAGAAGAGAGGCGGGAAUUAAUGCGAACGAGCAGCGCGUAGAAAAUGCAAAAGCCACAGACCAAAUAAACAAAGAGCCAACAAAGCUGAGAGCAGAUGCCAAAGCCAGCGUAAAGCAGGGGGGGCUGAUGAAUGGAGCACUGAAGGGUAGUGGAAGUGCCUUGUCGAGUGGCCGCCAAAUUGCUGAGGGAAGCAAACAACAAAGCCUGCGUGUGUCAGCUGCAGAGGGAAACCAUAACAGAGUGUCCCAGGUGGUGGCUGUUAGAGCCUCGGUGACUCCCCCGCUGGUCAGACACCUGUUGCCGUCGAUCAUCAAGCUGGAGCCGUUGGAUGUGAAGGGGAAGGGGUCAUGUGAUGAGGUGCAGUCCAUGGAGGUCAGCCCAGCUUCUAAGGAAGAACUGAUUUCAAUCCCAGUGUUCUCACCGGUCAUUGAGAUCCAGCACAGUGGUCUGAGUAACAGCCGCGCUCUCGAAGACCUGAUGGAUCUGACCGAUGGCGUCCCCUUCCCCAAACUGACCUCUGAGAACAACAUGGGCGACUGCAACAAGAACCUCAUUGAGGGCGUUGUUAGUCCCAUGUCAGACUCUAAGCUCAUCGGGAUGUCCCCUUCGUCAUCGAAUAAACUUAGCAUCCAGUAGUCCAUUUAUCUCUCUCUUUCUUCAACUGUCGCUUGCCUUCCCUCUCUCUCUCUCUCCCCACACGUACAUACACUCACAGGGUGCCACAUUUUGAGCAUGUGCCCCUGUGUUGCUACCUUUAUGGGAAUAGAGCCAUAGAGAUUGAAUUAAGAAUAUAUAUAAUUCAUGACUUGCAGUAUUAACAAAAGAUCUUCUGUAAUCUAAUCUCAUAGCAAGCUAGAAUGGCACUCAGAAGAGUUCAAACCUCCGCCAAGGCCCAACAGUCCCCUUAUGAAAUCACAUUUAAAUUAACUUUUUUAUUGUAUAUUGAUUUUUUUUCUCCAUUAAGAUCCAUAAAUAAUUCUGUAAGAAAUCAAUGAAAAUUUUUGAAAAACUCACAAUGUGAACAAUUAAACCUUGGGUCAGCCUUUUUGUCAGAAUCCGGGCCAAAAUGUAACGGGCUCUUCCCUGACCCACACCACAUCUUUCCAUCCAGUUCGUGAAAAUCUGUUCUGAAGUUUUUGCUUAAUCCAGCUCACAAACAAACAAACCACCAAUCAACGAACAAAACAGAGGCAAAAACAUGCCCCCCCCCUUGGCGGAGGUAAUAAACCAUUAAAAUUGCGUGUCCGAAAUUUUGUCUCUGCCGUCCUUUUUAGAAAGUGUUUGUGUGGGUGUGCAAGAUGAGCACAUGUGAAGGCCUCACAGAGAGAAGGUGUGUCUGGAUGUUGCGACAGAAACACAAAUAUCAGGGUUUUGAUUAUAGGCCUUUAGAAGAUACAGUAUUGUGAACUAAUUGUAGUUCGGUAAGAACUUUAAUUGUCCCUGCACAGAUCCCUCACUGCACCCUCUCCAGUGUCAUUACUGGAGAAAUAAAACCUGCUCAGAGAUUUGAAUACUGUGUUUGAACCUCUGCCUUUCACAAGCUCUUUCAAGCCUAUGAUGUGUAGCUGGGUGAGGCUUCUCCCGUUCCUGAUUUAUUUUGAAAUGUCUGUCCAGGUAAUGUUCCUCUCGCAUGUACUCGAUUUAGCUGAAAUGUGUUUCCAAGGUUAUUAAUGGAUGCAUCCAUCUAAACAGAUGUACAGUAGUUGCAUAGAUUCCAUUCAAUAGAUAUCUGGUAGCUGAUUUAUAAGGGCACACAUACGGAAAUGCUUGGAGUUCAACUUUGAUUCACUUUCACCGACGUGAUUGCUUUGCAUUCGUUUAUGUGACUGGGCCCCAAGACUGAAUGGGGCUGGAUGUUAACAAUCAAUGUAAGUGUGUGUGCCCUGUAACAAUGAAUAUGCUGUUUGCUGCUAAUGUUUUUCUCCAUCCACAUGGUCCUGUGAAGGAAGUACUUCCUUUAAACUCACAAAACAAUUCAUCACAUCACUAAUUACUGAUUUAUUUAGUAUUUUGCCGAGUCAUGUCUAAAUGUAAUUUCAGUAGCAAUGCCUUAUUUGGGACUGAUAGAGAAACUUUAUUUUUGUGUUGACAAAUUUUACAGUGUAUGUGUUUGGCCCGGGGAAUUACUGUGUGUGACCUGUUAUACUUGAACCUUGGUUUGAACGAUGUAAUUUUCUCCAUGCUGCAAAUGAUUAUAAGCUAUACUGUAGUGUCACUUUAUAUUAUGAAAUUAAGAUAUUUGUUUGUCAGAACACACAUCGCCUGCUUCGGCUCUCUGAAUCGCUGUUAGUGAAGUAGCCAUAAAUUACAUCUACGCAUUGGGAUUUACUGUUUGUUUUUGUUUGUCAAAUUCAAACAGCUGUUCCACAUUUAACAUUGUUUUGCAGAGGGGACUGAUCUUAAGGAAGAGCAAAUGAGUAGAUAGAAACGAUACAUACAACCACAGUGUUUGUCUGCUCAUAUGAACAAUCUCUCCCAAUCAGAUUAACUCUUUAAGUGACGUAGCUUCUGUAGACACUGUGCAUGGUUAGCAUGGUCAUGAUUAUGU